GGCCUUGGGAUCGGGUGGGGGCUGUGGGAGUGCUGAAGUCACCCUUUGUCUGUGUAAAUGGCAGGUGCGGAGGUGGGCGAGCAAAGGCUGUUUGGGUCAGAGGAAUCACACCUGAGUCCUCGAGAGCUGUGGAGGGAGAAAGGGGUCUGGAAAACACAAAGAGUGAACAGGGUCACACACAGUACCAGGGGGGCGGGCAGGAAAGCAGGAUCGUUUUCAGGAAGAGGAAGCCGGGGAUUCAGGCGCCCAUGUCUUUUGUUUUCCGUUUUCCUGCUUCUGUUUUUCUGGGUUACUUUAUAACGCUUCUGUGUCCCAGCUUUUCUACAGCUCCCUGCCCCUCCGCCCCCUCCAGGGCAAACACUAUUGUUAAGGAAAGCUUUAGCCACGUGACAGCGAGGGGCGUGCACUUAGCCUGAUUAUGUCAGCACCUGCUCGGUGGCCUCCUCACCUGCCACCUACGUUUCCAGGGAACCCCGAGAAGAACUACUCAGCACAGGUCUGGAUAGAGGGGUUACAGCUCUCCUGAACCCAGACUGGCACGUCAUCCCCCCCCAAAUCAAGCCCCUGUUCUCUUUUUAUGAAUCAGUGCUCCACUUUUCCUCUUUAAAUUGUAAUUUGUUGCGUCCUCUCCUCCCGGGGCUCCCUCUCCCUUACCUAUCCUUGACAGACACAAAACCAUCACGUUUCACCGUCAGUCUGCUGUGGGUCCAGUCCUGACAGACUGACUUCAUGGCUGCUGAGAGGACAGUAAAUGAGACGCUGCUGCUGCUCCAACUUUACCUUUCUUUUUCUAAGCAGCAGGGGUAUAAAACCCUCGCCACCCCACGUUUUCCUGCCUAGGGCCUCACCUGCCCUCUCUGCUGCCCCCUUUGCAGUCCUGGUUUCCCGGCCCCCACUUUGGGGGCAGCCCUAAAUGUGGGUGGCUGCAUCCUCUGCAGAGAGGCAGAGCUAGUCACCAAGUAGGCUGCCUGGAGACCUUUUCCCUGAUUGGCCAUCGAAGCACCUGCUUUUGUUUCCUUUCAUAGCGCCAUUGGCUCUCGCCGCCCUUUCCAGUAUCCGUGUCCCCCCACCCCCCACUCACCCCUUCAUGACACGUGGACCCUCGGUUGCCCUUCUCCUGGGAUCUGAAGUGUCAGAGGAAAGGACUAGUUUCUUUACGACAAGGUUGAGGAGAAGCCAGGGAAUAUCAGUCUAGGCUUUUCUCUCUCCCACUUCCCAUGGCUAGCUCCCCGACAGGUGUCUUGUUCUGCUAGGCUGCUCAGUUCAGGAAGGAGGGUUCUCUUGAGCACCCACCGUGGCUCAGACGUUUUCCCUGAGAAGGGGUGCCCCCCCCCCCCCGCUUCCCUUCUCUUUCAUCAUUCACUGUGCGAGGCACCCGGAGCCCAUUGGUUGCCUGAGCGGUGUCAGAGGCCCUUCAGCCCAGCACCAGCACCCAAGUCCACGUGCAAGGAUGUGUGUGACACAGCCCUGACCUCAGUGGGAGCCAGUAGCCAAUCAGGUGCCAGGGAGAGAUCCUUCGCCAGCUGGGGGCGGGGCCCGCGGCUCUGCGGGCAGGAGGCCAAUGAGGGGCAGGGCCUGGCAUUAUGCAACCCGCCUCCCAGCCUCUCGGAGCUUCUCGGUUGCGGGCUGAAACGGCAGGCGGCUGGAGGGCGCUCGAACGGCCAGGUGCUGUGAUUAAAUUAGCCAGCCCUCAGGGACAGGGCUCCCUCCCUUAUCCAGGCCUCAGAAGCCCCGUUGUGCACCCGUGGUGGCCUCUUCACCUUCUCUGUUCUGUUCUCCACUGCAUGGCCCAGACAUGAGUGGCCCCCUAGAAGGGGCUGAUGGGGGAGGAGACCCCAGGCCCGGAGAACCUUUUUGUCCUGGAGGAGUCCCAUCCCCUGGGGCCCCACAGCACCGGCCUUGUCCGGGCCGCAGCCUGGCUGAUGAUACCGAUGCCAACAGCAACGGUUCAAGCGGCAAUGAAUCCAACGGCCACGAGUCCAGGGGUGCAUCCCAGCGGAGUUCCCACAGCUCCUCCUCUGGCAAUGGCAAGGACUCAGCCCUGCUGGAGACCACCGAGAGCAGCAAGAGUACAAACUCUCAGAGCCCAUCCCCACCCAGCAGUUCCAUUGCCUAUAGUCUCCUGAGUGCAAGCUCGGAGCAGGACAACCCAUCUACCAGUGGCUGCAGCAGUGAACAGUCAGCUCGAGCCAGGACCCAGAAAGAACUCAUGACUGCCCUGCGGGAGCUCAAACUUCGGCUGCCACCAGAACGUCGGGGCAAGGGCCGCUCUGGAACCCUGGCCACGCUGCAGUAUGCCUUGGCCUGUGUCAAGCAGGUGCAGGCUAACCAGGAGUAUUAUCAGCAGUGGAGUCUGGAGGAAGGUGAGCCUUGUGCCAUGGACAUGUCUACUUACACCCUGGAGGAACUGGAGCAUAUCACAUCCGAAUACACUCUUCGAAACCAGGAUACCUUCUCCGUGGCCGUGUCCUUCCUGACAGGCCGGAUUGUUUAUAUUUCGGAGCAGGCGGGUGUCCUGCUGCGUUGCAAGCGGGAUGUGUUUCGGGGUGCCCGCUUCUCAGAGCUACUAGCUCCCCAGGAUGUGGGUGUCUUCUAUGGCUCCACUACACCAUCUCGACUGCCCACCUGGGGCACCGGGACCUCUGCAGGUUCAGGCCUCAAGGACUUCACCCAGGAAAAGUCCGUCUUCUGCCGAAUCAGAGGAGGUCCUGACCGGGAUCCAGGGCCUCGGUACCAGCCAUUCCGCCUAACCCCAUAUGUGACCAAGAUUCGGGUCUCAGAUGGGGCCCCUGCACAGCCAUGCUGCCUACUCAUUGCAGAGCGCAUCCACUCUGGUUAUGAAGCUCCCCGGAUCCCUCCUGACAAGAGGAUCUUCACUACACGGCACACACCCAGCUGCCUCUUCCAGGAUGUAGAUGAAAGGGCGGCGCCCCUGCUGGGUUACCUGCCCCAGGAUCUCCUGGGGGCUCCAGUACUCCUCUUCCUGCAUCCUGAGGACCGACCUCUCAUGCUGGCCAUUCAUAAGAAGAUUCUGCAGCUGGCAGGCCAGCCCUUCGACCACUCUCCUAUUCGCUUCUGUGCUCGGAACGGGGAGUAUGUCACCAUGGACACCAGCUGGGCCGGCUUUGUACACCCCUGGAGUCGCAAGGUGGCUUUCGUGUUGGGCCGCCAUAAAGUCCGCACGGCACCCCUGAAUGAGGACGUCUUCACUCCUCCAGCCCCCAGCCCGGCUCCGUCCCUGGACUCGGACAUACAGGAGCUCUCAGAGCAGAUCCACCGACUGCUGCUGCAGCCCGUGCACAGCUCCAGCCCCACGGGGCUCUGUGGAGUCGGCCCUCUGAUGUCCCCCGGUCCUCUGCAUAGCCCUGGCUCCUCCAGUGACAGCAAUGGGGGCGAUGCCGAGGGGCCUGGGCCUCCUGCUCCAGUGACUUUCCAGCAGAUCUGUAAGGACGUCCACCUGGUCAAACACCAGGGGCAGCAGCUCUUCAUCGAGUCCCGGGCCAAGCCGCCACCUCGGCCCCGCAUCCUUGCCACAGGGACAUUCAAGGCCAAAGUCGUUCCCUGCCAGUCCCCAAACCCUGAGCUGGAGGUGGUCCCUGCUUCCGACCCAGCCCCGCUAGCACUGGCCACUGAGGAGCCAGAGAGGAAAGAAGCCUCCGGCUGUUCUUCCUACCAACAGAUCAACUGCCUGGACAGCAUCCUCAGGUAUUUGGAGAGCUGCAACAUUCCCAGCACGACGAAGCGCAAAUGUGCCUCCUCCUCCUCCUGCACCGCUUCCUCAGCCUCUGAUGACGACAAGCAGCGGGCAGGCCCAGUUCCUGUCGGGCCCAAGAAAGACAUCAUCAUGAUGGAGGACCUGCCUGGCCUAGCCCCUGGCCCAACCCCUAGUCCGGCCCCCAGCCCCACAGUAGCCCCUGACCCAGCCCCAGAUGCUUAUCGCCCAGUGGGGCUGACCAAGGCUGUGCUGUCCCUGCACACACAAAAGGAAGAGCAAGCCUUCCUCAGCCGCUUCCGAGACCUUGGCAGGCUGCGUGGACUUGACAACUCUUCUGGGGCCCCCUCAGCCCCUGGCGAGCGAGGCUGCCACCAUGGCCCCAUGCCCCCUGGUCGCCGACACCACUGCAGAUCCAAAGCAAAACGUUCUCGCCACCACCAGACCCCCCAGCCUGAACCCCCCUGCUAUGUCUCCCAUCCGUCACCUGUGCCCUCCUCUGGACCCUGGCCACCCCCGCCAGCCACUACCCCCUUCCCAGCAGUGGUCCAGCCCUACCCACUCCCAGUGUUCUCCCCUCGAGGAGGCCCCCAGCCUCUCCCCCCUGCCCCCACAUCUGUGGCCCCUGCUACUUUCCCUUCUCCCCUGGUGACCCCAAUGGUGGCCUUGGUGCUCCCUAACUAUCUCUUCCCUACCCCACCUAGCUAUCCGUAUGGGGUAUCCCAGGCCCCUGCUGAGGGGCCACCCACCCCUGCUUCCCACUCACCUUCCCCAUCCCUGCCCCCACUGGCCCCCAGCCCCCCACACCGCCCAGACUCCCCACUGUUCAACUCAAGAUGCAGUUCCCCACUCCAGCUCAAUCUGCUGCAGCUUGAGGAAUCCCCCCGCACUGAGGGGGGUGCUGCUGCGGGGGGCCCUGGAAGCAGUGCUGGGCCCCAGCCUCCCAGUGAGGAGGCUGCUGAGCCAGAGGCCAGACUGGUGGAGGUAACGGAGUCCUCCAAUCAGGAUGCUCUUUCAGGCUCCAGCGACCUGCUGGAGCUAUUGCUACAGGAAGACUCGCGCUCUGGCACAGGCUCCGCAGCCUCGGGCUCCCUGGGCUCUGGCUUGGGCUCUGGGUCUGGUUCAGGAUCCCAGGAGGGAGGCAGCACCUCGGCCAGCAUUACUCGUAGCAGCCAAAGCAGCCACACGAGCAAGUACUUUGGUAGCAUCGACUCUUCAGAGGCUGAGGCUGGCGCGGCUCAGGCCAGGACUGAGCCUGGGGACCAGGUCAUUAAGUAUGUGCUCCAGGAUCCCAUCUGGCUGCUCAUGGCCAAUGCUGACCAGCAUGUCAUGAUGACUUACCAGGUACCCUCCAGGGACACAGCCUCUGUGCUGAAGCAAGACCGGGAGAGGCUCCGGGCCAUGCAGAAGCAGCAGCCACGGUUCUCAGAGGACCAGCGUCGGGAACUGGGUGCCGUGCACUCCUGGGUCCGGAAGGGCCAGCUGCCUCGGGCCCUUGACGUGAUGGCUUGUGUGGACUGUGGUAGCAGCAUUCAAGAUCCUGGCCAUUCUGAUGACCCACUCUUCUCAGAACUGGACGGAUUGGGGCUGGAGCCUAUGGAAGAGGGUGGAGGCGAGGGGGGUGGUGGUGGGGGUGGGGGUGGUGGUGCUGGUGGUGGUGGUGGUGAGUGUGACGGUGGUGAGGAGGCCCAGACCCAAAUUGGGGCUAAGGGCCCAAGCUCUCAGGACUCUGCCAUGGAGGAAGAAGAACAAGGUGGGAACUCAUCCAGUCCAGCUUUACCUGCAGAAGAGAAUGGCACCAGCUAGACUCCAUUGGGGGCUACUUGAAGCAGUCUAUGAGAGGCUCCCUUUUCGACCGUGUUAGGGUUCUUAGAACUCAAGAUAUGGCUGGACCAACCGAUAGGAAACUGCCCCAGCUUCUCCCAGCAUAGGGGGCAGGACCCCCACUACCAGCCCAGGACCCAGGCAGGAGCUGCCGCUAAGCCUCUUAGCAGAGAGUGGAAGUUUGAGCCCGAUUUGGAGGAGUGUCCGUUCCCAGCCUGCUGAGGAGACAGACAGACCUUUCCUCAUCCAGUUAAGAUGGCUGACGAGCUGCUGAAGCGGGCUCUCCAAAUCUCAGCUGAGCCUGAGUCCCAGUCGGAGGCUUGGGGCUGCACUUAUUUAUUGGGGGAGACAGCUCACUCUCCUACCUCAUCCCAAGAUGGGAGGGGGGAGCCUGGGGUCCAUGUAGGACCCAGGGGUUUUGAACCCCUAGCUGCUCCAGGGUGGGGGAGGUUGGUGGACCAUGGAGUCCCUGGUGCUGCCCCUCAGGUGGGACCCAGGUGUUCGCAGCUCUACCCUCUACCAAUGGCAUUUGUGUUUUUGAUAUUGUGUCUGUUAUUUUUUUAAUACAAAACGAAAAACCAAAAA